GCCGGGAGCAUGAACCACAAGAGCAAGAAGCGCAUCCGCGAAGCCAAGCGGAGCGCCCGCCCGGAGCUCAAGGACUCCCUGGACUGGACCCGGCACAACUACUGCGAGAGCUUCCCGCUGAGCCCGACGGCCUGCAAGGACAAUGUGGAAAGGGCAGAUGCGCUUCACUUGUCGUUGGAAGAAUUCAUCGAGCGUUAUGAAAAGCCUUACAAGCCCGUUGUCCUGUUGAAUGCUCAGGUGGGAUGGCCAGCUCAAGAGAAAUGGACUCUGGAGCGCCUGAAGCGCAAGUACAGGAACCAGAAGUUCAAGUGUGGCGAAGACAAUGACGGUUACUCUGUGAAGAUGAAGAUGAAAUAUUACAUUGAGUACAUGGAGACGACACAGGAUGACAGUCCCCUUUAUAUAUUUGAUAGCAGCUACGGGGAACAUCCUAAGCGCAGGAAACUCUUGGAGGACUACAGGGUGCCCAAAUUCUUCACAGAUGACCUGUUCAAAUAUGCAGGAGAGAAGAGGAGGCCACCAUACAGAUGGUUUGUGAUGGGACCACCUCAAUCAGGAACAGGCAUUCACAUUGACCCUCUAGGAACCAGUGCCUGGAAUGCCUUAGUCCAAGGGCACAAGCGCUGGUGCCUCUUUCCGACUAGCACUCCAAGAGAGCUGAUUAAAGUGACCCGUGAAGAAGGAGGGAACCAGCAAGAUGAAGCCAUCACAUGGUUCAGAGUAAUAUAUCCCAGAACCCAGCUUCCCACUUGGCCUCCUGAGUUCAAACCUUUGGAAAUUGUGCAAAAACCAGGGGAAACCGUCUUUGUACCAGGUGGCUGGUGGCAUGUAGUUCUCAAUCUUGACACAACCAUUGCUGUCACACAGAACUUUGCCAGCUGUACAAACUUUCCUGUGGUGUGGCACAAGACAGUGAGGGGAAGGCCAAAAUUAUCAAGGAAAUGGUACAGGGUCUUAAAACAGGAGCAUCCUGAGCUGGCUGCUUUGGCAGAUUCUGUUGACUUACAAGAAUCAACCGGCAUUGCUUCCGACAGUUCCAGUGACUCCUCUAGCUCGUCCAGCUCUAGUUCCUCAGAUUCUGAUUCAGAGGGUGAUUCUAGCUCAGAGACAGAAGGAAUGAUGCAUCGCAGGAAAAAGCGGCGGACUUGCAGCAUGAUGGGUAACGGUGAUACAACCUCCCAUGAUGACUGUGUCAGCAAAGAACGCAGUUGUUCCAGGAUUAGGGAGUCUUGUGGAAGCCGAGCUCAUCCCUGAAAGAUAGCAAGACCCCAUCUAA